AUGGCUAGCAGCAGCUCUCACAUGGAGCGUCUACGGACAAACGAUCUUGAACUGGGAGCCACUGAAGCGGUCCAGCAGCACUUCGCCCGCCGCAUUGUCGCACCCAAACCAGUCAGCCAACGCAAACUCGACUUCGAGCGAGCUCGACCACGAUGGCUACGUGAAUGCAUGGCAGAGGCAACAGGGGUGUUCUUCUAUGUCUUCCCCGGGAUAGCCGCUACUGCUGCCUUUACUGUUAAUAAAGAAGACGCUGCCUUCGGCUCCAUCUUCUCAAUCGGCUUCGCAUUCUCCUUCGGCAUCGCCUUUGCCAUCAUCACCUGCGGUCCUACCUCUGGAGGCCACUUUAACCCUGCCAUAACCCUGUGCUUCGCAAUUUGGCAAGGCUUUCCAUGGAAGAAGGUCCCGUACUAUAUCUUCUCGCAGAUCUUCGGUGCCUUUAUUGCGGGCCUCCUCAUGAUGGGAAUGUACCAUGAACAAAUAUCGGCCUACACGGAAGGACUGAGAGCUGCGGGACAUACCAAUAUGGCGUUCAAUGGCGGGCCUGCGAGUAUAUUAUGCUCGUUCCCGGGGGAGACGCAGCAUAAUCUGGGGUAUCUGUUCUUGAUUGAGUUCUUCGUUGACAGUUACAUCGGCAUCAUCAUCUGGGCCGUCCUAGAUCCCGCAAAUCCCUUCAUCUCCCCCUCCGGCGCCCCCUUCGUCAUCGGCCUCGCCUACGGCACAAUGGUCUGGGGUUACGCCCCCAUAACCAUCUCCACCAACCUGGCCAGGGACCUAGGCACACGCAUCGUCGCCGCCAUCUUCUACGGCGGCGAAGCCUUCUCCUACCACAACUACAGCUGGAUCAGCAUCCUCGUCAACGUCCCCGCGACGAUCUUUGCCACGGCGUACUACGAGUUCCUGAUGCGCGAUAGUCUGCAGAAGAUUGGAAAGGGCGCGGCGAUGCAUGAGGGUGGCGAGGAGGGGCUGGCGUUGCAUUUGACCAAGAGUGGGAUUGCGAUGGAGAGGGGGUCGACGAAUGCUACGAAGAUUGAGGAUGUUGCUUUGGUGUGA